UAAAUCCUUCGUCGAUGUCUCGUGGGUGUAUCAGGUUGAGUGGAAUAUGGUCCUUGGUGGGUGUGGUGGUACUCCUGGUGGCUCGGGUGGGAGGGAGCGAGUUCCCGGAGAGAGAAUGCUGCGAUCCCGUAUAUCCCCCAAACACGGCGACAACUGCUGCUGCUCCAAUUACACCUCCAAUACCCAAGUUAACAGGUACCUGGCAUCAGCUUCAUGGCACAAUAGAGGAUAGAAAAUCGCAUAGAGGGCCCGGUCUAAAGGGGACGAUGGCGAUCCUGAACUGCCUGCUUGCGAGGCAGCUCUGCUUCGAAGACGCCUCCUGUUCCGCCAUAUUGGAGAUCAUCCCGCGUGUCUGUGGAUCUGAACUUGUGGCCUGUUCAACGGUGACCGUGACGAAAUGCCAAGCUGCCCUAAGGACCCUACAAGCUUUCCCGUUCUUCAAGCCGACCUGCCUCUGUCGAGAACCGAACGUUGAUCCUGAAUGCAACUCCUUCCGCGACUUCCUGUUUGACCAUCCCUGCGUGUUCGUGAUGAAGAAGGAAAAAGACCCGUACCCUGUGGAGACCCUGCCGACCUGCACUUAUGCCCUGAGCGUCUGCCACAACGAGAGAGCUUGCUCUGUACUCUUCGACCGAUUCAAGAACGCUUGCAAGGCCCGUGAUGGCGAAUGCCGGAUGGAUGACAGGGAAGCAUGCCGCGAAGCCUGGGCUGGUCUCCGUCUGUCCCCUCUCUUCGGCUGCAUCUGCCCCAACACCCACAUGAAGAAGCGAUGCGACCGCAUAUUCGCUGUGGUAAACCACAACCCAUGUGUCGUAAAGCUGAUGUCGGAUGGAAGAAUCGCGAAUCGAAAUGGGACCGGUGUGACUUCGUGGAUCGGCGGAAUGUCAAUAACACAUGAUGGGAACCUGAUUGCUCCGGACAAAAUUAUGACGCACAUCCACCGUUAUGCGAGUCCUCACUACAAUCCCCACGGGCACCAUUACCAUCGCUGGAACCAUGAGCCGGGGGGAAGUGAAGAUCCCUUGUACGCGACCAAGACAGUCUACGGGCCAGGAUACAUUGAUGAAAACCAGAGAAUUGGAAAGGAAAACGGUAAACCAGGUGAUGAGAAGGUGGCUCUUCAGUCUACGUGUCACGUGGCGUUGGACGCUUGCAUCAAGGACAGCGAGUGCGUGACUUCUUUGACUCCUGUGCUGCAGAAGUGUCAUACCAGCGAUUGUGACCGGGAAGGGUGCAUGGCGGCUCUUAGGGGAUUUUAUCGGAAGACUGGAGUGCAUUGGAAUACUGAGAUCGCUUUUUGCCUUUGCAAGAAAACCGAUAAUCGCGAGGACUCGUGCAUGAACGCUCAGGAGCGUCUCCACCCGUCGUGUGCGCAGCGCCCAGCUGUGGGCUCCCCGCUCCCAGCCUGCCACACUCUUGCGCAUGCCUGCAGAGAAGAACCGGAGUGCAGGAUCCGCCUAGAAAACUACGAGCAAUGGUGUGCAGUGGACGCAGUUACCCAAGGUUGUGCAGGCUCUCCUGCCGCCUGCAGAGCAGCCGUGGUUGCAGUACUAGGCACCCAGCUGCGAGCAGCAUGUGCCUGUCGCGGCACUGACUUCGCCCAGCUGUAUGAUUGCCUUGGAUGGCAACGACUGCUCUGGCUUAAUCCUUGCGUUGUGGAAUCUCAAAGCGACUACCACAUGAAGACCUACGGCCCGCUGAUGACGACCACGCCAUUUGACAACGGUAUCCGCUACAUCACGGUUGCUCCGGAGUCUCCGAUCUACCAUCGUACUACCACCCAUCACCAUCGCCAUACUACGCAGGAUAAGAGCUCUCAAAUUGAUACUAUUCAGGAGAACCGAGAUGAACUAAGCCCAAUUACCACCAUGUCGGAACAGACGGUGGGACCCAACGAAGUUGCGCAGAUCUCCGAACCCGUAAUUGAAACUACGACGGAAACUACAACAACCCCGACUACUACGACUACGACAACUACUACGACGACGACCACUACAACUACCACGACUACUACGACUACACCAAGACCGACUACUACGCUGGAACCGACUAAAUAUUGCAUCGUGAAAAAGCCUGAGAGUGAUGAUCAGGCGCAGUACAUCAAGAUGGGUGAAACUCGACGACUAUACCGUUCAGCUGAGCUGGCAGAAUGCACAGACCUGUGCGUCUGUGAGGCCACGCUCCAGGUGUCCUGCAAGGUGGCCUGUGUGCCUCGAGCCCCAUGUUCCUCUCGCCUGGCCCACUACUCUCAUGCUGCACCAGCCUACCAGGCCUAUAGAGGAAGAUGCUACUGCUAUUCUGGGUCUUUUAUCUGCAUGAGGCCUAAUCCAGGUGAAUACAAGCUACCAGAAGGCGUCUACCUACUCCUGGGCUUCAGCGCAGUAGAUGAAGCUCUUCUUCGGCCACACACUGGCUUAGGAGCUGAAGAUGCUGUACGUCUGCUGCAGCAGUACCUUUAUACGGUACAUAGUGAGGGGACGAAUUGCACGCUAACGUUGUUCAACAUCAGCAAUGAGAAUGUGAUCAUCUCAGCGAGCGUGCCACCACGCGAGCAGGAGAUGCUAAGAGAGGCUGGAGACGCACUGCUGGACAGGGAAAAGGAGGAAUGUAUCGACGUUCUCAAAGUCGUGAAGUCCCGCAUCAACUCCCAGCACGAAGACAUCUCCUCCCAUCUUCUGCUCUCCAUAUUCAAGAUCGCUGAAGUCGACGUCGUGUACCCAACGCCCCCCAGCUCGGCCAUUACUUCCCACAGGCCAGUCAAGCUCUUCUACCUAACCAUAAUUCUCCUUACUAUCCUCUACAACCUCAAAGACACUAUUACAUUCAUCAAAACUGUCCUUUUCUUCAAAAUUUUCGUCAAUUCUUUGUCGAAUUUAUUCACUAUUAAGCUAAGAUUCGAAGGACGCAAUCCUUCAACGUUAGCCAUCGUUCCUUUCAAAAGAUAUUUUUUAAAAGAAAAUAUCAAUUUUAUAUCUAUUUUAAAAUGUUACGAUGAAUUUAUUGAUAUUAGACUAGUAGAUGUUGUUAAGUACACUGACAAUCAGCACGAUGCACUUGCUUCAAGUAACUCACGAGUAAAACAUAUCACAAAUGAAAUAGAUGUAAGUUUUAUAGAUGUAAAUAAUAUUAAGGAAAUGAUACAUAUCAUAAAAGCUGUGAGUAUUACAAUAUUUAAUAAUUUAAAUGAACUUGUUGCUGAUGCAAUUAUACUUAAAUAUUUUUCUAGAGAUGUGUAUUAUGAUAUUGGAUGUACUUAUUAUGAUUCGAUGAAGCUUUUUGGUGAUUUCAUUUUUGGAAAUAUCGCGUCCUCUUCUUAUGGGAUUAUAAAAUCCGUUAGCUUAGGACUGAAUCUAGAAGUAGUUUGAAGACUGACAAGAUUAUAUGAAACAUAUCAUAGUUGUAUUUCGUUUUAUUUUCGACUUAGAACUGGUGCUUGUAGGUCGAUCUUAAAGGCUGGGUUUUGUAAAUAAGUGUAUUACGCCUUUUACACUGUUAGAAUUUGGGUUUGUAUCUCCGGUAGCGUAGAUUGUUUCAUGUUGCAGACAUUGACUUAUCUUUAUUUCUUCUAUUUUCUCAACUAGACUUAGUACAUCUAAAUUCCAUUUUUGGAUCAAAAAAAGUAUUUUUGAAUCAAUUUCAAAUUCUAUUAGAAUUACACUUGUAUAUCCACAAAGCAAUAGUGUCGAACGUUUCAUCCUUAUAUUUUUUUUAUUUCUUACUUCAUUUAUGGUGAGAUUUACUUCAAUCUCAUCACUAUCUUCCAAUUCAAACUGUACACUAAGAUUAUUAUCUCUUACUGCAUUAAAUUCAAAAUCUUCAUCAGAUAUUCUUGGAUCCUGUUUAUCAUUAUGUACCUCUUCACUUCUAUCAUUAAAAGACGUUUUGUCUUCAUCACGGUUCACAAACAUGUCUGCAAUAUUGAAACCCUUGUUGUUCUUGGUUUCUCCUAACUUAGACUAGUUAGUGUCUGAUGUAGUGAUCGCCCUUCUGUUAGUCGACUGUUAUAUAGAUAUAUUAUAAUCCAUCAAUGUGAAUGCACUAUUAGAGAAUGUGUAGUUUCGAGCAAAACUUUACUGGUGGUUAUUUAAUAGAACAUAUUUUAAUAAACUCGUGGUCAAAACAAGUUGAAAUAUAGAUUUUUGGUUGGUUUAAUAGUGGCUGCUUGUUGUGAAUUGAAUUUUAAGUAUCCUAGUCUGAAUAUUUUGUUAUAAAAAAAACGUUGCCCCACACUA